ACACAAGAGGAAGUUGUUCAUUACGACAAGUAGAUCAACAGUAACAACAAUGUCUCAAAAUACUAAAACUUAUAAAGAUGCCUUUGCCCUCUUCGACAAGAAGGGAACUGGUAAAAUCCCCGUUGAACACUUGGGUGAUUUAUUAAGAUCAGUUGGCCAAAACCCUACUUUAGCUGAGAUUUCAGAAUUGCAAAAGACCGUCAAGGGUGAUGAAUUUGACUACGAUACUUAUGAAAGUAUAAUCAACCGACCAGAUGGAUUCAAGCCAUUGGGUUUACCUGAAGAUUACAUCAAGGGUUUCCAAGUGUUUGACAAGGAUCAAACUGGAUACAUUGGUGUUGGUGAGUUAAGAUACAUUUUGACUUCUAUUGGGGAAAAGUUGACUGAUUCUGAGGUUGACGAAUUGUUGAAGGGUGUUAAUGUUACUUCUGACGGUAAUGUUGACUAUGUUGAAUUCGUCAAGUCUAUUUUAGAUCAAUAGGUUAGUUGUAUUUAUUUUUUGGAUACCCCCACAGGUUUAGACUAUGAUAUUAUACUGUUUAGUAAAACACAAAUUAGAAUUAAUUUGUAGAUGGAGCUGCUACCAUGAUUGCUACUGGAGUUAUAGCACUCUUGCUGAUUUGUACUCAUUGCACUUCUAUAUAAUAUAUAAGUUAAUCUACUAUUAUGGUACC